AUGUCUGGAAGCUUCUACUUUGUCAUCGUUGGUCACCAUGAUAAUCCAGUUUUUGAAAUGGAGUUUUUACCAGCUGGAAAAGCAGAAUCCAAAGAUGAUCACCGCCAUCUGAACCAGUUCAUAGCUCACGCUGCCCUCGACCUCGUAGAUGAGAACAUGUGGCUGUCGAACAAUAUGUACUUGAAGACGGUGGACAAAUUCAAUGAAUGGUUUGUCUCAGCAUUCGUCACUGCGGCUUUCAUUUCUAAAUAUUAUACCUUAAUUAUUUCACAUAUGAGAUUUAUUAUGCUGCAUGAUGUCAGGCAAGAAGACGGAAUCAAGAACUUCUUUACUGAUGUCUAUGAUUUAUACAUAAAGUUUGCAAUGAAUCCAUUUUAUGAACCCAAUUCUCCUAUUCGAUCCAGCGCAUUUGACAGAAAAGUUCAGUUUCUUGGGAAGAAACACCUUUUAAGCUGA